AGAUUCAAUCUUAUAAAUAAAUAAAAAUAUGGUGUUAUUUUUUAAAUGUGAAAUUAUUAAAAAGCUGUUCCUGAGUGUCACCAGCAUACCGGAAGUGGCUGGUGAGAACGUCCGGUUUUCACGGUGAUGGCGGAUGUUGUUGAAGUAGAGUCGAUGAAGAAUUAUCACAUAGCGUUUGAGAAGAUCGACCUGAACAGCAGCCGGUAUCCAUACUGCAUUGUGUGGACACCAAUCCCUGUGUUAUCAUGGCUGUUUCCAUUCAUUGGUCACAUGGGGAUCUGCACGUCUGCUGGUGUGAUUCGUGACUUCGCUGGACCUUACUUUGUAUCGGAAAACAACAUGGCAUUUGGAAGACCAACAAAGUACUGGAUGCUGGACGUCAGCAAAGUUUACACCAGUGGCUCUAACGCCUGGGACACGGCAGUGCAUGAUGCCUCAGAGGAAUACAAACACAGGAUGCACAAUCUUUGUUGUGACAACUGUCACUCGCACGUUGCCAUGGCACUGAACCUCAUGCGCUACGACAAUAGCACCUCAUGGAACAUGGUGAACCUCUGUCUGCUCGCCCUCAUAAAUGGCAAACACGUCAGCUGUGUCGGAUUUCUGAAGACCUGGUUGCCGUUCAUCGUUCUGAGCAGCAUCGUUGUGUCGCUCGCUCUGUACAUGAACUUGCGGUGACCACAGUGGGGUCAUAGAGACCACUGCAUCCAGAUGAAUAUCCGGGUUAUUAGACAAUAAAAUGGGACUCAGAUGAACGUCGGCCAGACUACACUGUAUGGGACGACACGCUCAGAUGAUGGACGACUCCCGUGCAGAUGACGAGCCCCAUGACUAAAAGCUAGUCCUAAACCUGUUUUUCAAAGGAUGGAGACAGGAAACCCAUCACGGGUCCUUUAUGUCCUUGUAACGUAAGAAAUUACAGCAUGGACUCAAACGCUUGUCUUCCAAGGUGUGAAAUUAAUGGCGCUGAUUUCUGGGUUGGUUGCAGAUUGGAUUAUUAUUAAAAUUAUUAUUAUUAUUAUUAUUAUUAUUGCAUUGAAACUCCAGAAAACUAACUUUCUUGAUAACAUGAUGCUUUGGAUCCUGUU